GAUAGAGAGUUGGGUUGGGGGUUGGCUUGGUCUAUAUCUCUCUCUUUCUCACCCUCUUGCUAAGCCAUUCACCCAUCCAACCAAGACUUCUUUCUUGCUCUCCCUUUCCUCCUUUCUUCUCUUUCUUUCCACCAUCUUUCCGUUCAUUCUCUUCCCUCUCUCUCUUUCUCUCUCUUUCCUUCUCCCCAUCCUACCUAUUAUCAAAUCAGAACAACAGAUCCGAGGUUAUUGAAUCAGCGGUCAAUCAAAGCAUCAAAUCGAGGCAUCAAAUCAAAUCAAAUCACAUCAUCACAUCAAAGGGAGGAGGUGAAAAGAAAGAAAUUCCAUCCCGCAGAGAUCUUCUUCGGUUGGUCAAUCAAAUCAGGAGCAGCGCAGCAGCAGAAGAGAGGAAGCAGCAUGUCAUCCUCCUCAGCCGCCUUUUCUCUUGACCAGCUCUCCCCACCACCCUCCGAGCAGCUCUGCUACGUCCAUUGCAACUUUUGUGACACCGUCCUCGCGGUGAGUGUUCCUUGCAGCAGUUUGUUCAAAACAGUGACGGUGAGGUGCGGCCACUGCACCAACCUCCUCUCCGUCAACAUGCGGGGACUGCUCCUCCCCGCCGCCAACCAGCUCGGCCUCGGACACCCCUUCCUGGCUCCCUCACCCCACAAUCUCUUGGAUGAGAUACCGUGCCCCCCGCCGAGCUUGCUGAUGGAUCAGCCCAGCCUCAACAACAAUAACAGCAACGGCAACCACAACCACAAUCACAACACGAUGGCGCCUGCCCGGGGGACCGAAGAAGAGCUCCCCCAGAACCAAGUUGUCAACAGACCUCCAGAGAAGAGGCAGAGAGUUCCAUCGGCAUACAACAGAUUUAUCAAGGACGAAAUCCAACGCAUCAAGGCUGGGAAUCCGGACAUCACCCACAGAGAGGCAUUCAGCGCCGCUGCUAAGAACUGGGCCCACUUCCCCCACAUCCAUUUUGGCCUGAUGCCCGAUCAGGGUCUGAGGAAGAACAGCGUCCGCCAGCAGGAGGGAGAGGACGUUCUUCUCAAGGACGGGUUCUACGCAGCCGCGGCAGCCAACAUGGGGAUCACUCCGUUCUAGGCGGCAAGGACGCUGGCUGGCUGGUUCUAGGGUUUUCGUUGGCUUGUGCUGCUACUACUGUUAGGGGUUCCUCUUUCUUUCCCAGCUUUAUUAUGCUGAGAGGAAGUGUCAACAGCCUUUAUUUCUAGGGUUUCUCUUUCUUCCUUUCUUUUUCUCUCCUUGGUUUCAAUGUCGAGUAAAGAGAGGCGGUAUUCUGUCGAGAACGCCUGUGGAAAAGGUCGGUAUGCUGCCUUUUAUUCCAGACGUGUUGUUAUGGACAAAUAUAUCUUUGAAACUACUUAUGACUC